AUGUCCGCUUUCCAUCCAACCAAGUUGGAGAAUAUUCAAUACACUCCCGAAUCCAUGUCUCCCAACCUACCAGAAUUAAGCUCUUCCCAGGGAGACUCGACAGCAAUGGACGCCUCUCAAUACCUUUUGAGUGAUAUACCAAAAGACUUUUCCGCCAGCAUGCCUUUCUUUCCUAACAAUACAGGCACUGGAUUUGAUUUUAGUGAUUCCUCGCAGUUCCAAACGAUGGAAGACGUUCAAUUCCCAUGUGACAAUGACCUGAUGGGCACACAAUAUGUUAACGGCAUUGGCUCUAGCUUCAUUGUCAAUGAGUAUGAUGCCCAUGGCGAGAUGGAACGCAAAUCCAACCACCAGGUCCACAAAGGUAUCAAAUCAGAUGCUACAGCGGAAUUCUCUGCUGAGAAUUCAAGCUAUGGCAGUGAAAAAUCCCGUAAAGGAUCAUUCCAUCUUGAAGAGUGUGAAAAGAGGUGA